AUGGAACAUAGAAGAUUGCGCAAAGGGCCGCUGCCUGGAGGUCGUCAGGGCGCGUCUGGAGCUGGCGCUGGACGCGACAGCAUGCGAACCGCCAGCCGAGCGCGAGGUGCUGCACGACCACCCAGCAGCCCCUCGCAUCCAUUAUCCCCACCAGCUUGCUUGGUGUCGGCAGGGUCUUCGCAGGCCCAGCAAUCGGCACCCGCCACUGGUGGAGUACGCCGCAUGCGAUGGACCAUCAAUAUGAAUUCAAACGCAUUGCGGGCGUAUUUUAGGGCGAAAGGGGGAGAAAUUGGAGGUUUCGCGUAUCGGGCUAGGAUGCAUCGUCUUUUUACUGAGCUGGAGCCAUCUAUUACUGUCACCGAGCAAAACCUGGCAGACCGAGUUCGGUAUAUCUUACGCUCAAAUAUAUUUGAUGGCGCCGAACUCGAACGGCUACGACGUGAGGCUGUUCCCUCAUCAAAUGAAAACGCUACGACUGAGGGUGCGGUGCCACAAGUUGCAGAACAACCCGCACAGGUGGAUGCCGCCGAGAAUACCCCAGUGGUUGCUGAUUCAAAUGAUGAUGGAACAUUCACCCAGGAACUAGAAAUAGAGCAAAUGAGGAGUACAUUGGAAGAGGCGAUUAUGGAAACGCGCAGUACGCCUCUCGAAAAUCGACCGCGACUUCCCCGCAUAGCCCUAAGCAAGCGGAAUCGGGCUGUCGUGAGGGCUCUGAACCCAAUGCUGGUGACCUAUUUGGAAGCCAGCCGGGACCUUUGCGAGACGGACUCAAUUCUCUUUGGCGCCGCGCUGGCAGUCUGCCGUAUUAUAGGCGCCAAGGUUUCCACGGCUGGACGCGCUACUGGCCAAAGUAGCGCUAUCCCAGCAUGGAGAAGAAGAAUUGAGGAACGUAUCGCAAAGGCUAGAGCUCUCAUCGGCAGACUGAUAUGCUUCAGAUCAGGCAACAACAGGCCAAGAAUUGUGCGCACCGUCAGGAUGGCGUUUGCUGGGACAAAUGUCAGUUUGUCCCAGCCGGAUAUAACGCAAAAACUGACGGAGCGCAUAGAUGAUCUGAAGCAGAGAAUCGCUGCUUGGGGAAAGCGGAUUCGGCGAUAUACCGAGAGGUCGACACGGUUCAACCAGAAUCGUCUCUUCCAGAGUGAUCAGAAGAGGCUCUAUGAAUCAUUGGAGCGACCAAUGGUAAGUGGAACGGGCCCGGCACCGAAUCAGGCCGAGCCACUGUAG